AUGUCAUUCACUAGAAAGGCAACGUAUGCUCCAGCUCCCGCAACAUCAAGAGGACAGGCAGUGCAAUUAUCGGGAGAUCCCAAGGGCGUCAACUUCAUAUACACAUGUGGCAGAUCUGUCAUCAUUAGGAACCUAGCUAAUCCGGCUAUCGCUACUGAAUACACAGGACACUCUACCCAAACUACUGUCGCCAGAUACUCUCCAAGUGGAUUUUAUAUCGCCAGUGCUGAUAUAUCGGGAAACGUGCGAAUCUGGGAUACCAUAAACGCUGAAAACAUUCUCAAAACUGAAACAAGGGUAUUUGGUGGUCGAGUCAAUGAUUUGUGCUGGGAUCAUGAGAGCAAACGUAUUAUUGCUGUUGGAGAGGGUAAAGACAAAUUCGGCCACGCAUUCGCAUUCGACACCGCAUCAUCAGUUGGAGAGAUCAGUGGACACAGCAAAGCAAUCAAUUCAGUAUCCAUUCGACAAGAUCGACCGAUGAAGGCCGUCACUGCUUCAGACGAUCUGACUGUCAACUUCUAUAAUGGUGUACCAUACAAGUUUGGUAAAUCCAUAACAGACCAUACCCGUUUCGUACAAGCGGUUCGAUUUUCACCUAAUGGUGAAUUCUUUGCUUCUGCUGGUAUGGAUUCAAAGGUAUUCUUGUAUGAUGGCAAAACCGGAGACAAGAUAGCUGAAUUGAGUUCAGCUGCCAAUUCUCACACUGGUGGCAUAUUUGCCCUAUCGUGGAGUCCAGAUAGCAAACAUGUCUUGACGUCGUCUGCUGAUAUGACUGCUAAGCUUUGGGAUGUUGGUAGUAAGAGUGUUGUCAACACAUAUGCAUUCUCAGGAUCAGGUGUAGAUGAUCAACAAGUGGGCAAUUUGUGGCAAGGAGAACAUAUGAUAAGUUUGUCUUUGUCUGGUGAUCUCAAUUAUUUGGAUAAGAGCUCUUCCAAGCCAUUGAGAGUCGUCAAGGGUCAUCAAAAGGGCAUCACUGCAUUAGAAGUCGCAUCCGACAAGACUCUAUACAGUGGAAGUUAUGAUGGUCGUGUGUAUUCAUGGGUUGAGGGUGCUGGCAGUGGUACAUCCUUAUCUGGAUCAGGACAUUCGAAUCAAGUAUCCGCCAUGUCAGCAGAUGGUGGAAAGAUUAUCUCUGUUGGAAUGGAUGAUUCUGUGAGAAGCAUUGACGUGUCGGGCAAGAGUUUCGAUGGAGCCGUUUUGGCUACUGGAUCUGUACCAAAAGACGUAGCUGCACAUGGCGAUUACGCUGUUGUCGCUACCGUCAAGGAUGUUAUUGUGACGAAAUCUGGCACCAAAGUGUCGUCUCUUACAACCAAUUAUACGCCAGGCUCUGUGGCGAUUUCACCUGAUGGUAGUGAAGUCUCUGUUGGAGGUGAUGACUGCAAAGUGUAUGUCUACCACAAUUCAAGUGGUACCCUCACUCAAAAACAUGUUUUGGAUUCAAAUCGAGGUGCCAUAACAGCUUUGGCUUACUCUCCUGAUGGAAGCAUGUUGGCUGCUGGUGAUUCAGAUCGAAAGGUGCUGGUGUAUGAUGUGAAAUCCAAAUCGCUGAAACUCAACGAAUGGGUCUUCCACAAUGCCAAAGUCAAUUGUAUUUCAUGGUCUCCUGAUGGUUUACAUGCCGCUUCGGGAUCUUUGGAUACUAAUGUUGAAGUAUGGAGUGUAGACAAUCCCAUGAAGCAUAUUUCCAUCAAAGGCGCACAUACGGAGUCUGUGAAUGGCGUUGUAUGGUUGGAUAACAAUACUAUUGCUUCAGCUGGUCAAGAUGCUAUGAUCAAGAUGUAUCUGGAAAUGUUGGAAAUAACGAUACCAUGA